CCCACGCGUAUCUGCAACUUUUCCAGCACCCAGCUGGUGAGGAACACCUGUCGGCGCACCAAGUGUGGACGUUGUAUCGAUCAGGCGGCCGUGCAUUUCUCGUUGCCAAGAUUUCACUCUUUCCUACUUGAAGUUGCCCGAACUGCCUCGCGUGUCCAUGGAAAAUCAACAAAUCGAUCGAGGUACAGAUGGUAUGGAACAGCUACACUUCGACCAACUCGAAACUGCUGACUGCACUGCCACUUCAAUCCUCCGGCUUUGUUUCUCCAGGCCCCCACGUGCCCCCGACCCACGUCGCCAGCUUCACCAACCUGACAGGUUCAGACCAUAUGUGUCACCCUGGCCUACCACCUUGUCCGCAUCGAAGGGGUCUUCUUAAUGCUUUCUCCAGGUCUCGUCCGAGGGGCCGGCUACCUUGUCGGCGUCGAAGUCGGCAUAGUCGCGCUUGUUCCACCUGUAAUCACCCGUUCCGGCCACCUUGUCGGCAUCGAACUCGGCAACGCGCUUGUUCCAUCUGUAAUCACCCGUUCCGGCCACCUUAUCGGCGUCGAACUCGGCAUCGCGCUUGUUCCACCUGUAGCCACCCUCUCCGGCCAC